AUGGCGGAUAUUCAAAAGACUCCCUUUGUGAGGGAUCUCGCUUCAAGCGAUCGCAAGACCCGUGACAAGGCGCUCGAGUCUCUCACGCUAUUUUUGCGUUCCCAGACCAACCUGACCCUCGUUGACCUCUUGAAACUAUGGAAGGGUAUUUUUUUCUGUUUCUACCACUCUGACCGACCUCUCACGCAACAAGCCUUGGCCCGCGCGCUAUCCUACACUCUCGUUCCAUCUCUUCCGCACGCCACUCUUCACCGUUUCCUGCGCGCAUUCUGGAUCACCAUCGGCCGGGACUUCCAUUCCCUGGACCGGCUGCGGCUGGACAAGUACCUAUUACUGAUCCGUUGUUACGUCGGAGUCGCGUUUGGGUUGUUCCUAAAGGGCCCAGCGGAGAACGGCAAUGGCAAAAAGCGCAAGCGCCAGGAUAACGACAAGAAACGCGGUGGCAAGAAUCAAAAGAAGCGGGUGGAGAGCGAGUCCCAGGAUGUUGAUGGCAAGUGGGCCGAUCUCGAGGCCUAUAUCUCCAUUAUUGAAGAGGGACCCCUGUGUCCCGUCAAUUUUGACCCGGAUCAGCCGUCAAAGCCGGUCAUCGAUGAAGAGGACCCCAACUUUGUCCCAAUGCCCCAUGGACCGGAUGGGCUGCGCUACCACAUAGUCGAUAUCUGGAUUGACGAGCUGGAGAAGGUUCUUGAAUUCGAGGAUACUGAGAAUGAAGGAGAGGACCGCAAGAUUCAAGGUGAUGUGCCUAUGGAGCUCAUUUUGCGGCCUCUAGAGAAGCUGCGCACCGAGAGCCCUUACAAGCCCGUGCGGAGAAGAGCCGAAGAAGCCCUGGAGGAUGAACGGCUGGUGGAGUGGGGUAUUCGCGCUCGGAAGACGGAAGAUGACGAGGAAGACAGUGAUGGAGAAUGGGGAGGCUUUGACGACUGA